GAUAAUAUAUUUACGUAGCAAAUCAGCAAUGUAUAUGCCUACUAAUCGCGUCACAAUCGUCUAAUUUAUUCUUAUCUAAGUAUACUUACUAUUUAGUUCUAGCUGAUUGGAAUUAACAAGAUUAAAGAGAGACGUAGCGAUGAUGGCGUGAAAUGUCAAAUACAUCGCUCUCAAGGCUCAAGUCUAUAGAUUAAAUAGAGCUCAUACAUUUAAGUAGAAAAGUACUCAAGAGCGAACAUCGACUAACAAACAAGCAAUUCUUUGGGCCUUGAGGGCUCACUUUCUGGAAUAAAAGAACAAUAAGAAAUGGAUGAGCCUAUAACAUAUGGCAGGAGAAGAAGUAUCGUACGUAGGAUUGGCUCUGUUUUGCCCUUAAAGCCACCACCAAAGGUUUACGUCAGUGUUACGCCACUUCAUUCGAUGACCAAUUCUAUGAUUGAUCCAAAUACCCAAGACUUCAGUAGUUCUAAUGGUCUGACCAUUGGAAGUAACGGACUGUCUCAAAACAAGCCAGAUUUGCUAGAACCUAUAAAUUUUGGAUCAGAAGUACGUUUACUCGCUUUGGAGCAAGAACUCCAAGAUUUAAGAGAACAGAUAUCAACAAUAGUAAAAACUGGAAAACAAAGCGCUUCUCAGCCAUGUUUGUCCAAUGGUCACGAUUCUGUUCGACCACCGCCUCCGCCACCUCCACUGCCACCACCAACAACACCACACAUUGCCAGAAGAGCAAGCCUUCAAGAUCACAUGAACGAUGAUCGAAAAAAACCGCCAUUAAACAGCCAGAAAUCCAUGGGAGAUAUUUUGAAAGACAUGAAUAAAGUUAAACUGAAACCAGUUGCAAAAUCUCCCAAUGGUGGGCCACUCCGAGUCAAACGAGAAAACAGUCCAUGUAACGAUUUACAAGAAAUUUUGAGAAGACGUUAUCUUACUAUCGCGCAUUCUCCGGAUAGUAGAAAUUCUUCAAUGCUUGAUGACAGCUUUUGAAUAGCUGCCGAAAUCCCUCAAGUGGUAGAUGUAAGUACAUAAAAAAAAGUGACAUUAAGGAAAUGCAAAGCCAAUAUACGGAAAUUGGAAUAAUUUCGACUUUCCGUUACAGUCCAAAUCGUUACCGUUUUGGUGAUUCAAUACAAAAGCCAUAUAUAAUAAUUAUUGAUUUAAAGAUCUGUCUGUACCAUAUUUAUCCAUGCAAAAAAAUGGAUAUUUUUAUGCAAAUCAAGUCAUGUACAGAUGAGUGCAAGCCUGAGUGUCUAUAAAUGUUUGAAAUAGCUAAUAUGCCACAGAUUUUAAAACAAAUUAUUAUUUGAAAGGGGUAGAAAUUUUAUGUCUUGCAAUUGCGGUUGACCUCAAAUAGUUUUAGGUAUCAAGAUAAUAGAUAUAUUAAUUAGGAGAUAUUGUAAAAGUAUCAUUAGAUUAUGCAUGGCAUUUUACACUUUAAGCCUGUGAUAAAACAUUAAGUAACUCGUGAAAUCAAGAUAGACACUAUGAUUUCUUGAAAAUUGUUAAAUGAAUCACAAAAAUACACCACUUGCUAGGUGCUAUACAAUUGUGCAACACGUGACACCUACAUCAAAUUAUAUUUGAUGCCUAACGAAAAAUAAAAUUUAUAUUUUGUGCUAAAUCUAAUGUGAUAAAAAUUUCUUCGUUUUAUUAUUUUUGUCUAAAACAAGGACUACUCUCCGAAGAAAUAGUAUGGUGCAAAAAGUAUGCAAGAUACACAGCCAUUGGUAAAACAUACCACUUUCUGGAGACUGAGUCCUACAUUUGAUCUGCCAUAUGACAAAUGUAUAGGAAGUUUUAUACUUAAAGCUUAUAUUGAAUUAAAGUUUAAAAACAUAAAAAAAAAAAGAAGAAAAUAAGCAACUAAUGUUACUGUUAUCAUUGUGUAAGCUGUAAAAAAAUG